GCUGGUAUCAAAGUUAGAGCAAAGCUAGAGUGUGUUGGUUUAUAACGUUGAGGAUAACGUUGCUUAGCUAGCUGGGUCACUUGCUGGAAAGAGGCUAUACGUGAUAGCAUAAGCUAACCUCACUCUGCGAUACAACCUCGAGACAAGUCGGGACAAGACCAGUCUCAGGGCUCACCAUACUCAAUGAGCGGACAGCGCAAUGUCAGAUCGCUCUGGGCAAACUGCAAAGGGGAAGGAAGGCAAAACCAAGUAUGCGUCUCUCAACCUGUUUGAUACAUACAAAGGAAAGAGCCUUGAAACACAAAAGCCUGUUGUUCCCCCACGCCAUGGCCUGCAGUCUCUUGGUAAAGUUGCCUCUGCGCGGCGUAUGCCACCCCCUGCCAACCUGCCCAGUCUGAAGGCAGAGAACAAAGGCAACGAUCCUAACGUCUCGCUCGUUCCCAAAGACGGCACAGGAUGGGCAAGCAAACAGGAACCAGCAGACCCAAAGAGUACCGAUGCAUUGUCAGCACCGCAGCCGGAGUCGCCGCAGCCUGUGGCUUCACAGACACCUGCACCGACCCGCCCGAGAACCCCGCAAGCUUCAGAGGCUCUGGCCCCAGCUUCAACCCAGGCCGUAGGGGCAAGGUCCUGGGCACAGGCCAGUGGAACACAUGGAACACAAGGGGAUGGUGGAAAGGGAUCAAACCUACCGUCGCCAUUCUCUCGCGAGGAAUUUCCCACCCUGCAGGCGGCUGGCGACCAGGACAAAGCUGGCAAAGAACAGGGCACUGCAGAUCAGUGGUAUGGGCCCGGACCAAGCCUCCGCCCCCAGAACGUUACAAGUUGGCGGGAUGGUGGGGGCCGAGCCCUGGCACCCACCCUGCCUGGGGAGGGGGUAACCGAGGGUGGCACUGGUGGAGCUCUGGUGAUGGAUGGGGCAGCUGGGGUCCCCCCUCCAAACUCACAGAACCAUGGGCCACCUAGGAACCCUCCUGCAGGCAGCCCCGCCCUGCCCUUGCCCCAGCCUCCUGUGGGGCCUGGGUUCCCCCAAUAUCGAGGGAUCAUACCCCCCUUCAUGUAUCCUCCUUAUCUGCCCUUCCCGGGCCCCUAUGGGCCUCAAGGGCCCUACAGGUACCCACCACCUGGUGAAGGGACAGCUCCAAGGUUCUCUCGUGGGCCGGUUGGUCCUGAGAGCAGGUCACAGGGCGGUCCACGCGAUGUGGGUGGAGAGGUGGUAAAGCGACCCUCCAUUUUAAAACAAGACGAUUUGAAGGAGCUAGAUGAGCUGGACCACGAUGGAGACGAAGGCUGGGCAGGAGCUCAUGAGGAGAUAGAUUACUCCGCCAAGCUGAAGUUCAGCGAUGAUGAAGGAGAUGAAGAGGGAGAAGAGGAUAGAAACGAGAGCAAGAAUGAUUCGCGUGAUCAGCAGAGGUCUCAGGAUGCCCCCAAUGCAACCUCUAACUCUCGAGCCUCAGACAGCGGUGGAGAGACCCGCAGGACCCCUCCCUCUAAUGUUGACAAUGGCCACCAACCCCCCUCCAGCAAGCCAGGAUGGGCCGAGGAGGGAGGUAGUGGUUGGGGGAGCCAGGGAGCGCCAUCCACCUAUCAGGGGCGCAGGCCUGGAUUGGGUGGUCCCCAGGAGCAGCCCUCCCCCCCACCUGGGCCGCUCCUCGGACCAGGGCCCUACUCCUUUUACCGACAGGAUCGGACCCACAAUCAGGGAGCCUCUCUUGGCCAGGGGAAACCUGCCCCUGCCCAGCAUCAACCAGCAGCAGGAGCCCCUAACCCUCUUACACAGCCUGGUCUGCUGGUUCAUGCAGCCCAGGGGGAUGAUGAGGACGAGACGUGGCGUCAGCGCAGGAAGCAGUCGUCCUCUGAGAUUUCUGCUGCUGUUGAGCGAGCUCGUCGCAGGCGUGAGGAGGAAGAACGUAGGAUGGAGGAGGAGAGACGUGCAGCCUGUGCGGAAAAGCUGAAGAGGUUGGAUGAAAAGCAGCAGCAGCAGAGCAGCAACACAGGUGCUGCUGGUGGUGGUGGCGGCAGCAAAACCCCUAGCCUUGAUGGAAAUUCAACAGCUGCUACGGCAGGCAGCCCAAGUCCAUCAGUUUCAGCUUCCUCCCCUAAUAUCAGCCAGCCUCCUUCCCCCUGCGUGGACUCUGAGGAGCCUCCAGUGCUAGCUGUCCCUUCAGGGACAGGUCCAGCUGGUAAUGACCGCCACCGACCCAGCAGCAACAGCAGUUACGACUCUGGUGCAGAUGCCCAACAGUGUCCCCAGUUGGCUGCACCACAGCCGCAGCAGCCCACACUGGAUGUACCUUUACCAGGAGAGAGUAAGGAAGAAGCUGUGAGCACUCCUCACGUUCGUACAGGAAGUGGAGGCGAAAGAGGAAUCGACCAAGUAAAGGUCGAAAAUAUCGGAGGGGGAUCCGGUCGUCAAGCUGGUGGCCCUCCUGGCCAGGGCUACUCAAAGUAUCAGAAGUCUCUUCCACCUCGAUUUCAGAGGCAGCAGCAGGAGCAACUCCUAAAGCAACAGCAGCAGUGGCAACAGCAACAGCAGCAACAACACAGCCAGGCAUCACAAAGCCAGCUGUCCCCACAGACCCAGGCUCCACAAGGUCCUUCACCAGGUUCAACUCCCCAGCCUGUACCUGGACCUAAACAGGGCGGACCCUUGUAUCAGCCUGGUGGUAUGGUUCGACCUCCACCCUUACCAAUGAAUUUUGACCCUCGGUGGAUGAUGAUGCCCUACAUGGACCCUCGUAUGAUACAGAGUCGCCCUUCACCCAUGGAAUACUAUCAGGCCGGCAUGCAUCCUUCUGGGCUUAUUGGGCGUGAGCGGUCUGAUUCUGGGGGGUCUGGUUCAGACCCCUUUGACAGACAGCAACAGCAUCCAGGGCAUCCUCACCGUGGGACUCCCCCUAUGGAUCCUAAGCUGGCCUGGGGGCCUGAGGUGUUCCCUGGAGGAGGGGAAAACCGUGGGCUAACUUCUCCCCUGAGACAGAAGCAGGCAUCAGAGGAUGAUGAUGUGGCAAAAGGGCCCAGGAGCGACACUCCUCCACACCGCAUGCGAGAGGGUGGAUUGGGACCCAUUCAGCAGCCCAGCUCCGCAUCUGGGACAUCUAAUCAAACCCCACCCCCUGUUGGCAACCAGGGUGGCAGCCAUCACCCUCAUCACUACAUCGGCGGACAGGGCAACUACAGCAACUUCCCCGAUCAGGGCGCAAGGAUGCCUCCUCACCAGCAUCAGAGGGCGGGUGAAAGGGGAACCCAGCCACAUGGGUUCCCCCACCAGGAUGAAGGGCCUGCCCGAGGAGCUCAGCAGGGCCAGAUAUGGGGAACCCCACAUCCUCACUAUGAUCGUAGCGGGCGCCCAGAUCAUCCCCCUGUUGAAAGCAACUCUCACCUCCACCACCCUCACAGCCACCACCCUCAACAGCCUCACUUCCCCCUCCAUCCCCAUAAGCCAGAGAACAGAGGUGGUGAGGCCCCGGCUAAGAAGACUGACUCUUCUCCUCCUCUUCACCAACCUUCCCUCUCAUCCUCCUGCUCCUCUUCCUCCUCUUCCUCUUCCGCCAGGGAGGAUGGGAAUGUCAAAGUAGCACCGCACCAUCACCCAUCACAGAGAGAGAGCGAAACCAGUAUCGGGCACAGUCACGCUGAAAGAGGCAGCAGUGGUAACGCUGGAGGUGGUGGCCAUGUGAAACAAGAGAAGACAGGUCCGGCAUAUACUUCCCAUUCAGCCAACACUUCUAGCCCACCUCUGGCUCAACUUGGCAGCCACAGUCAGCCCCCACAGCAGCAGCAUCCUCAUCCUAAAUCAAACCAAAGAGGAGGGCGGGAGCAUAAGACAGAGACACACUGGGGUCCACGGCCUGGCAGCAAUACUACUGGGGGUUCCUCUCACGGAAGGAGGGGUAACAAUGCAGGAGGUGGGAACAACUCCCGUGGAGGAGAGGACUCUUCCAACACUCCAUUGGACCACAAACCCUCCAACCAAUCAGGAGGGAGCAAUGCCAACAGGAGGGCUGGGCCCAUUAAGAAGCCAGUGCUGAAAGAAAUCAAGAGAGAGGCAGUGGAUGCAGAUGGAGGAGAAAAACAAGGCACAGGAUUUGGAAAAGAUAAAGAGCAAGAUGGUGGACAGCCUGUCUCUAUGAAGCAGGAUGCCUCCUCCAACUCUCAGAACACAUCAGUUUCAUCUAAGGAUGAGCCACCCCAGACAGCCAAACCCAGAAAUGGUGGAAAAGAGCGAUCCUCAGGUGGAGGAGGGUCAGGUAGAGGUCCAAAAGAUGUAGACACUACUUCAUCAGGUUUUUCAGGAUCCUCCUCCAGGAGAGACAGAGACCGUUCCUUUGAAAAGGGAGGCAGCACCUCUCACCACCAUGGAGUCCCCCAGAAAGGCGGCAGAGCCAGCCGAGGAAGAGGGGGAGAAUUCUAUGGCCGAGGCCGUGGGUACCGGGGCACCUACACGGCCAGUGCUGGACCCACGGGUGGAAGCCGGGGCAGAAUGGGUGGCAGGAGUGGAAGAGACUACCGCUCAACAGCCGGUGGUGGCCAUCAUCAGGAAUCCAAGGGUGAAGGAGCCAGUGGAAGGCAUGGUCAAGAUCGGUCUCAGCAUAACCCAGCCAGGGCCAGAAACCGCAGUGAAACCCGCAGUGAGGGCUCAGAGUAUGAAGAAAUCCCCAAGAGGAGGAGGGAGAGAGGCUCUGAGACGGGCAGCGAGAGUGGAGCAAGCGAUGCCGGCCACUCGGACAAAGAAGACAGCCAGAAACCGAACACAAAGAAUGGCUCUGAUAACACCACUAGCAGUGUAAAUAUUUCAUCUGCUCCACCCAGAGGCUCCCAGGCCCGUGUCUUCACCCCUAGGGGUGUGCCCUCUAGAAGGGGCAGGGGUGGCGGUGGUGGAGGAGGAAACAUCUACAGGAGUAGUGGCAAUAUGGGAGCAACAGCUGGGGGACACCGUGUUGGGCCCAGCUCAGGCUCCCAUGGUGGGUCCUCCAAGUCUUCAGCUUCAGCCCGGAAACAGCAAGGUCCGCCACAGAGCUCUGGGCCCAAAGACUUAGGCCGAGGAGGAAAUGCUGGUGAGAAGAAGGACAAGGUGGCUGAUGGAAGUCAAACUCAAAGUCAGGGGACCAACCCCCCUCAGCCGUCUCUGUCUGCUACAACAACCUCUGCUACUCUGGUUUCCACUGAAAAUGGUGGAGUUGCGACCCAGCAAACUUCUGCAAACCCUGUGUCAAACUCUGGAGGGCCAAAUGCUCUUCCUCUUCCUUCUAAUCGUGGCUUUGAGCGACCACCUAGGCGCCGUCGUCAUGGGCGAUCCCAGCACCAGCAGGACAAGCCGCCCCGCUUCCGGAAACUGAAGGAGCGGGAGAAUGCUGCUCGUAUCAACGGCGGUGUGGGGGUCAUUGGUGGAGGAAGGCCCUCGUCUCCUUCCAUGAAUUCUGUGCAAGAUGGUAACGGAGCCCCAGUCCCUGCUCCCAUGACAGGAAAUGCCCAGAAUGCUACCCACAACGCCACAUUAACGGCCAACAGUAACAACACUGGCGGGCAUCUCAGUAAUGCGAACAGCCACCACCAUCACCACUACAACCAGGGCAGUGUGGGUCCCACGCACCCACAGCACCCCCACGGUGCAAAGUCGCCUGACUUCACCAACCAGAACUCAGACCAAGCCAAUGAGGAGUGGGAGACAGCUUCUGAGAGCAGCGACUUCACAGAGUUCAGAGACAGAGAGGGAGGAGGAGGAGGGAAGUCGUAUGCUUCUCAUCAUCACCACCACAUGGGAAGAGGCGGAGGAGGAGGAGGCGGCAGCAUCGUGGAGCGAGAGAUGACGGGUAAAGAACCCUCUGCUAACAAACGAAGCUUCUCGAGUCAGCGUCCUGGGAUGGAGCGGCAGAACCGGAGGGUCAACGCCGGAGGACCUGGAGGUGGCGGAGGGGGGGGGAGAGGCCCCCGCGGCCCACCUGGCGGCGGCCCUGGUGGACCCGGCAGCGGAGGCGGCAACCGGGGAGAGAAGCGUGGCAACUGGCCCUCACCGAAAAAUAGGAAGUGACGGAAUAUGCGACAUUUCAGUUAAACCCCACCCACAUUAACCCCCACCUUGUUACACCUUUAAUCCCUUUUGAUCGUAAUUUCACAUUUUAUCUGUUGGCAUUAGUGCUUUGUACAGUAAAUGGAGAUGGUAUUCACCCCUCCUUCCCCACCAAUUCACCUCUUUCACCUUUGCAUCAUCCUCGUAUCUGCCGUCCGUUCUUGUAAAUUUCUCAGUUUGUUCCAUCUUGCUCUCUGUUCAUUUGUGCCCCACCCUCUUUUUUUUCUUUUCUUUCUUUUUUCAUUUUUUUUAACUCUUCCUCACCCCGGUUGGAUUUGACAAGCAUGUGAUUGUUCAAUUGGUGGGCGGGGGGGUUACACCUCAUUUUGACAGAAGACAGUCACACUGAGCUCCACACACACUCACACAUACAAGCACAAAUGUGACAUCCCCACAAAGAGCAUGUGAGGUCACUUGAGCGCAGAAGGAAAAUGUGGGAUUAAAUUGGCAUGAAUAUUUGGAUCGGCCAAACUUUUAUAUUUAUGUGUCUGUGUAUAUUUCCGUCACACUCUGGCCUCGUGUGGUUUUCUGUAUUGCAGUUGUGCAUCACUUCCUUCACAAGGAAAAGGGGUGCAGCUACAUCUUUUAAUAAGAACAAUGUACCAUAAGA